UUGCCCUUUCUUUUGCAGGACGUUCCAUUAAGGAAAAUUGACUACUUUAAUUAUGGCGUCAACACAUAGAUUAAGCAUCGGGAAUGUCGAGAGUUUUAACAAGGUAAACGGGAAUUUAAAUGUCGGAACGGGAAUCUCAAAAGCUGGAUCAAGACGGUUGUCCGUGGUCUCGCGUAAAAGUUCUAUUUCAAACUCAACAUUAGGAGAUGCUGGGCACAGCCGCUGGCGACGUCCUUCAAGACAGAUGUCUAUCAGUCUUAAUCCAAGGUUUUCAAAUCCUCAACUCAGUUCGGCAGCGGAAAGCAGACGAACAAAAUCGGUCAUUAAACUGGAAAACACUUUCAAAAUGGAGCCGGAUGAAGGGACAAAGUUUAGACCAGAAUCAACUGAGAAAAUAAUCAAACAAACUCUAGAGCAACAUCUUGCGGGCAUGAGGUACGAACCCAAAACAUGCUCGAUAUUUGCCCAAAGGAUUGCCGAAGAAAUCAAAUGCAAAGUGAAGGAUUUACAUUUUCCAAGAUAUAAACUCGUUGCACAGGUUUUGGUUAACUCAAAGAACCAACAAAGCUGUCAAGUGGCGAGUAGAGCGGUUUGGAACACGGAGACGGAUAAUUUUGCAGCAUGUACAUACCAAAAUGAUUCUUUAAUUGCUCUCGGAAUGGUUCAUGCUUCUUAUUAUGAGUAGCAUGAUAUAUAUUAUUUAUU